CCCUCUUACAUGAUCUUUCCUCUCACGGAAGGAGGAAUCAGGCCCCUAACGUCUGUCCCAGCCUGUGUGAGACCACCCUAAGCAGUGUGGGGUCCAUGAAGUCUCACGCAAUGUCAGAGAGGAAUGAUAUUGUAUACUUUAAACCUGGUCCCAGUGCAGAGAAUGCUAAAUUGUGCUCUCUCGCUCCAGUUCGCUUCGGGUGGCUGCCCAUACAGAGACAUGUGAUAUUGACAGACAUGUCUCAUAACGCAUGCCACCAAGACAACAGCAGGUGCCAGCAGAAACUGAAGUCUCCUAUUACUCCAGUGUUACUCAGUAAUCCUGUCAAACCGAAUGGAUCUGGACCAAAUGAUAGAAAACCAGAACAAAGUGUGAAGACCGUGAAAUACUGGAGGACACCUGAAAAGACAUCAUCUAACCACCAGGCUUCAGGAUCUGCGAGCUCAGAGGGAGGUAGAAACAGAUCACAGUCUUGGAAUCCGACAGCCAAAUCGACCAGAAAGGUGGACACGGACCAGUCUCAGCAUGCUGGACCUCGACCCAACAACUCAGCUUUGACAGAUCCCACAAAUAGACGCAGUAGUGCACCCGAGUCGUUUUCUCUUAGCAUGCCCUCUAGUGGGGACAACGGCUGUGCUCCUAAAUACAGCUCUUCAAUAUCAUCCAUCACUCUCACUUCAAGGAGGGUCACACGCACUUCUAGUCUCCCUGACACAAGUUGACUGACUCAGAGGUCUCCGAGCCCCAUGACAAUGAUGAGUAAAGAUGCCACCGAUCCUCCAAAUGCCUUCUCUUCACUGGUUAUGGCACGAAGAAAAGCCAUGGUGGUCAAAAUCACUGAACAGCUGAAAAAAAGCAAAACUAGCUCUGAUCCAAGCACAACAGGGCGGCCCAUCUCCCUGACCCCUAGCUAUGACCACGGUUGCAAAGAAAAUGACCACCAUGUGGUACUGAGAAGAAAAGCAACCAUAGUAAAAAUGACAGAGCAAAGAGAGCAUUUUAGUCACGGACAGCCCUAUACAUCAAAAACACCAAAAUACAGAUACAGCUACACUGAGGGAAUCUACGGAAAAGAUGACAGAACAUAUGACAGCAACUCUGGAGUUAGUCUGUUAGCUAAAGAAGCUAAUGUCGCCAUGGCUAAUCCCUCAUGUUUUAGUCGAGAACAGCCAGAUACAACAAUGGCAGCAAAAUAUAGACACAGCUACACUGAGGGACUCCAAAAAACAGACAGCAUAAAAAACAGUAAUUCUGGAGUUAGCCUGUUAGCUAAUGGAGCUAAUGGAGCCAUGGCUAAUCCAUCACAUUUUUGUAGAGAACAAGCAGAUACAACAAAAACAGCAAAAUAUAGGCGAAGCUACACUGAGGGACUCAACGAAACAGACAGCCUCGCAUAUGGCAGUAGCUCUGAGGUUAGCCUAUUAGCUAAUGGAACUAAAGUUGCCAUGACUAAUCCCUCAUGUUUUACUGGAGAACAGUCUGAUUCAACAGAAACAGUGAAGCUACACAGACACAGCUGUACUGAAGGACUUAAUGGAAUAGACGGCAUAAAGUACGACUGUAAUUCUGGUGUUAGCCUGUUAGGUUAUGAAGCUAAUGUCCCGUUGGCUAAUCCUUUUAGUCGAGAACAGUCCAGUUCAUCAAAAACAACCAAGCUACACAGACACAGCUACAUUGAGGGACUCAGUGGAACAGAUGCCAUAAAAUACGAUUGUAACGCAGGAGUUAGUCUGUUAGCUAAUGAAGCGAAUGUCCUCCUGGCUAAUCCUUCACACUGUAGUCGAGAAGUGUCAGAUAAAACAAAAAAAGCUAAAUAUAGACACAGCUACACUGAGGGACUCGGAAUGAAUGCAAAACAAUACGAUAGUAGCUCAGGAGUUAGCCUGUUGGCUAAUGAAGCAAACUUGACUAAUCCCUCGCCGUCAAAUCAAACUUUUACGGUAUCUAUACAGCCAGGAGAAAACAAGUGGAAGUCUAGCAUAUCUCUUUACCUCAACAACCCAACAGACAGUAGUACAGUAGAAGAGACCAACAGCGGGAAGUAUAAGCUGCCUCGAAGGCCUCUUAGCUGUGAUGCUAGCCUUUUUAACCACACAGAGCUUGACGCUAUUGCAGUUACACAUCCCAAAUUACACAACAAGAGCUCUCCUGUUUCCCAGAAGACAAAUAUUGACCUUGUUAGUUCCAGUAGCAGUGAAGCACGCAGGCAUUCUGCCUCCAACAACGAUGCAGGGAUUCCAGGGAAAGAGGUAUUUCAAUGGGAUCGAACACUUCAACAGAGGGAAGAAACUAUUUCUGGAAUCAAACCUCUCACUCUAAUAAAUGUACCAGAUAACUCGCCUCAUCUCAACGCAGAUGCUAUUUUGGCCUUAAACGCUGCUGCAAUUAUCGCUAACAUAAAGCUGCAGGCCCAGCAAAGACAAGGAGUACAGCGUCUCAAUUCUUCUCCAGAGCAAAGACAAAUUACAUUAAACACAACAGCAGAUGAUAGAGGGGUCAAGGAAGACAGCUAUCCCUCUCCUGACCCUGAUGAAAAGACUGAAACACCUUCUAGGUGUACACAUGCUGAGUUUGUCCCAUUUGAGUCUCAAGAUGCCACUCUGGAAACUUCUCCUGCUCAGCUUUCACUGAGAGAGGCUUUAGCCAACAGACGGCCUGAUUUCAUCCAGCGCUCACAGGCUAGAGUUCGAGCCCUGGAGAGGAGGUCGCAGGAGAGGCAGGUGCUGCAGAAACCUCACAGCUCACCCCAGAGGCCUGAGCCUGCCUGCAUCCAGCAACAGGAAGAUAGCCUUUUGAAAUCAAAAAACAGAGGCUUCAUUGGAAAGGGACUACAGGUGCGGACAAUGAGGAAUUAUAACAAGCUUCCUGAAGUGAGAAAAAAGAAAGAGGAAGAGAAAAGGAAAAAGGAAGAGGAGAAAAGGAAACUGACAUCUCAGACCAACAGGCUUCGGGCAGAACUCUUUAAAAAGAAACUUUUGGACCAGAUUUUACGGAGAGGAAAUCACUGACACCGUCUUGGACUCGAGUUUCUCUUCACACUGCAGUUCUCAUGGCGGCCCUUGAAAAAUAUGAAAUGACGGCAGUUAUAAAUGAAAAUGUAAAAUAUUUCUGUCCAAUAUGAAUGUGAUUUUAACAUGGAAUAUCCUUCCUGUGGGUCUAGAUUACAUAUUCUCUGUGUACUCAUAUAAAUAGUUUUAUGUGGCUCAUUGUAUUUACGGCACCUGGUGAAAUAAACACUAGAGGCACUACAACAACUAUGAUUUUUUUUUCUUUGCAAUUUCACUCAAAUCACAAUUAAAACAUCAGUUGAUCAGUUCAGAAACACUCUGAUCCUCACACAAUGCUAUCUUAUGACACCUAAACACUUUUAUUAUAGUGCAUGACUUGUAAGGAGAUCAAGUCUGAUCAAAUUGUGCGGUAGCUCAACUGAGAGACCGUUGCACUUGCAAUGCAAAGGACCGGGGUACGAGUACUUAAGAGCAUGCAAGUCGAAAGUGUCAUAGUAGCGACACAAAAUGACGAGUUUGCUUCAAUUGCGUUUUUCAUGUCACGUUUGCUUUAUAGGACACUAGCGGUUUGGUUUAG